CAAACGAACAGAGACAGGGAGAGAAUGAGAGAGAGAGAGUACAGAGGGAUAUAUUGACUCAAAGCUGGUCUGCAUGCUCCUCAGUAUGUGAGAGACAGAGGACGUGAGAGCAGGCAAGAUGGAGUGCUGGCACAGAUGAAGACUGUCCCUGGUCCCGUUCGACAGUCGACAUGAGCGUCUCCAAACCCCCGCCGCCCCCUUCCACCUCCCACCUGGCCAUCCCCCCUUCCUCCUCCACCUCCACCCCUUCCUCAUCCGCCUCCUCCCCCAUGGCGACGCCCCACUCUGCUGGCCCGCCCCCGCCCUCGCCAGUCAAGAUCUCUAUGCAGGAGCACUUUGCCAUCAACGUGUGCCCAGGCCCCAUCCUCCCCAUCCCACAGAUCUCAGACUUCUUCCCACGUUUCCACGACUACCCCUGCACGCCACCACCCCCAAGGGAGAAGAAGAUCCUGAAAGAGGAGACUUUUAAUGGGGAGACGGGCGGAGGAUACAAGGAUGGGGAGAGGAGGGGGGACAACGACGGAGACAGGGAGGAGGCGGUCGACUCUGAUGAUGAUGACACCUACCUGGGAACGUUGGAGUUCACCCUGCUCUUUGAUCAGGAGAACAACUGUCUUCAUUGUACUAUUCACAAAGCAAAGGGACUGAAAGCCAUGGACUCCAAUGGACUGGCUGAUCCAUACGUCAAGCUUCAUCUUCUCCCCGGGGCUAGCAAGGCAAACAAGCUACGCACAAAAACCCUGAAGAAUACGCUGAACCCAGUGUGGAACGAAACGCUGGUGUAUCAUGGCAUCACAGCAGCCGACAUGACCACCAAAACGCUCAGGCUGUGUGUGUGUGACAUGGACAGACUCGGAAGAAAUGAAUUCAUAGGAGAGGUGAGAGUGGCUCUGAAGAAACUGAAAGAGGGCGAGAACAAGCGCUACAAUAUGGGCCUCGAGAGAAUUGCACAGAAUAAAGAAGCUAACAAUCAAACAGUGGAGCAGGGAGCGGUCGUGGCAGAGGAGGAGCGUGGCCGCAUCCUGGUGUCACUGUGCUAUAACACAGAGAAGGGCUGUCUGCUGGUUGGGAUCAUACGCUGUGCCCAUCUGGCUGCCAUGGACUCCAAUGGCUACUCUGACCCCUUCGUCAAAAUCAUCUUGCAGCCAGACAUGGGGAAAAAGUCCAAGUACAAGACAUCAGUGAAGAAAAAGACUCUCAACCCCGAAUUCAAUGAGGAGUUUUCAUACGAAGUAACGCUGGACCAGCUGGCGAAGAAAACCCUGGAGAUCUCUGUGUGGGACUAUGACUUGGGAAUGAGCAACGACUUCAUAGGCGGAGUGGAGCUGGGCAUCAAUGCAAGUGGACAGAGACUCAGACACUGGUUCGACUGUCUCAAAAACAAAGGGAAGAAAGUGGAGUACUGGCAUACGCUCACACAGCAAGGAGCCCCGAGCAGUGACAAACCGGACUAGAUCACACAAAAAAUUCAUGCAUACACGCACACGUACACACACAAACACACACUGGAAGAUGGUUGAUAACAGAGACCAAGUCAAACAGUAGUAAGAACAAAGGAUAAAACAUGCAAUAAUAAUAAUAAUGUUGAAACUGAUCAUAUAACGCCAACAAUUACUGCACCAAGUAUUAGUAUAUGAUAUUCAUACUAAUAUUAGUGAUGGUAAAAGGUUGUAAUCUGAAUACUUUUUUUUUUUCAAAGGUGAACCAAAUUGUGACAAUGUCCUCAUUAAAGUGUUAACGUAACAAAACAAUACUUACAAAAUUGUGCUUUAGACUUUAAUGUAUCGUGGAAGUCGCUCAUAUUCUGUCAUUCAAAUUUACACCUAAUGAAGAGAUUUGAGAUUAAUGUACUCAAAGUUCAUUCAGUGAAAGGCGCCAAAAGUAUGUGCACGCUAGUGACUCAUAAUGUGGUACGUAGUUAAAGAAGCAGAAAUGUAAUGAAAGAGUGAUUCUGUACUGAGAAGAAGUUUCUAUUUUAGUGGUUGUUGAUCUGAUGCAAAACAACACACCGUAUUAUAAAGCACAAAAUGAUCCAUAUGGUGGAUUUGUACCUUUACCGUUUCAGUGUUCUUGUUCUUAUGUCUUUCAUUGUCUUUAAGUGACAGUGGCUUUCUAUACACCUUCAUACCAGACAUUAAUGUGUCAGUGUGUGCGUGUGUGUGCAUGAGGGCUAUGAGAAUAUGAGUGCCUACAUUUUCUGUCUGUGCAGUGUGUAUGUGUGUGUGUGUGUGUGUGUGUGUGUGUAUCUGUAUUCACAUCACACCCCAUUCAAAAUGUCUCCAUCCAAAGUUAAGAAGCACAGAGCGAGGUGAGAAGAAAUAUUAACAAAGGACAAGAAAGACAUGAGAGAAACCCUACGCCACCGCAGGCCUCAGUGGUGUGAGUGCUCCUGGCUGGGGGACACUGACAAGCUGUCAAUCAUGUGUGUGCCAGAACCUUUGCCAUCAAUGUCUCCCAUUGCCAGCCAGUCAUAGUGCAACUUUCAGGAUGGAUUUUAUCUUGAUUGUAACCUCUGACCGCUCUUUUUAAGCUUUCCUGAUGAAAGGAUGAAUGGAUAUACAGAUAUUGCUUUUUGGAGGUGCCGUUUGUAGCUUCAUUUCACUGCAGCUUUUCAGAUUUCAACAGGACCCAAGCAGGUUUUACCUCAGUGACUCCAAUUCUGCUCCAACAGAGUCACAGAUGAUGCAAUAUUUUCUCCCUGCACGGCAAUAUCCCAGCAGUAAUGCAUUAAUUUGAAAAUUCAGGCAUUUGAUUGGUCCUAUUAUCAGAUUUAUGAGAAUAGGGACUCCCAAUAGCCUGAAAAAAGUCCCCAAUUCAACAUUUUACACCCUCAGACACUGUUCUGGAGAGAAUGUAAAAAGUAUGUUCAAGAAAUUUGGCUGAAAUCUACAUCAACCGUCUCAACCAUAGCUCUUCUUCUUCUUCUUCUUCUUCUUCUUCUUCUUCUUCUUCUUCCUCAUCUUCAUCUAAAGGGUGUCAUUCCUGUGAUCAGUGUUGCAUUCAUCCCAUUACCUCUGACCUGUAAAAUAUCAGGUCUGUAGUGACAUGUAUUUCAUCCUCUGGAAAAGAGACACCAGGACUAUUGUGUCCAUGUCUGUGACAUGAUGUCCACCUACAUUUUAAAGGAGAUAGUUCACGUCUUUUGAAGUGCGGUUGUAUGCAGUACUUACCUAUACUCAUUGUAUUACAUGUCAGCUGGCAUGUCUCCGGUUUGGAGAAGCAGGCUGGAGUCCAACAUGAAAGCUAAGCAAUGUACUUCUGUGGAUGGGGGGUCAACAACAAAAUGUCUUUUAGCAACCUAAAAAAAAGUCCUUCCUAAAAAAAAAUCAAGUGCACACUUAUAUUUUGAAUUUUCACUGCUUUACCUUGCUAUCAGACAGUUCUUUUCUGAAGCCUAGGGUUGAGCCCAAUAGUCAGAGGGAAUAAAUACCCAGUACGGAAAAUGUACUUUUUACAAGUAUUAUUUAAGUAAAACGUGUCAAUGUCUGUAGUUGUCAUGAAGGAGAAUCAUCAUUUGAAUAGCUGUGUUCGGUCUCUAACUCAAAAAAUUGUCUGAAGCUCACUUCUGUGAUGUUCUAUAUGUUCUGUAAAUAGUUUUAUAAUAAAUAAUAAAUAAAGCAACUUCUGAUCAGCCAAUAUCAACUGCAGAUGUAAAUAACAAGUUCUGAUUAGGCCCCACCCAUUUUAAGUUAAACCCCACCCACUUCUGGUCUAAACUCUGCCCUUUCUAAGAUCAAAUAUGGAUAGAUACAGAUAAUGGUGUACUCGCUCAUCCCGUCUGAAACCAUCAUAUCCCUGUCUUCAGAGCCAGACUCAACUAUGUUCAGUGCGCAAAAAUUACUGUUUAAUUCAGUGGAGUAUGGUGGCUUUGAUGAGAGCACAGAUGGGGACCUGACGCCGCUAUUAGCUUCCCUGUCAGAACGGGCUGUCCGACGGAGAAGUACAGCAGUGAAAAUACUCUCAAUAUAGCAUACACUUAAACUGUAAUGGAUCUUUUUAGUUUGGACUUUUUAAGUUGGCUAAAAUACAUUUUGCUGCCUCCCCCAUUUACAGCAGUACGCUGCUUAGUUUCCAUAUUGGUACUCCUGUCGCUUCUCCAAACACGGGGAGUGCCGACUGAGAUCUACCGACUGACACACUGACAAUGGAUAGUUACCCCAUACAACCCUACUUCAAAAAAUCUGAACUAUUCCUUUAACCUCAGGCAGUCAAUUUCACCCUGCGUGCAUGGCAGCAGGAGACAGUGGAUCAUCGAAGGCCAGGAUCCAAGAUACUGAAAAACUAUGCUAGAUCACCCACUGUCUAAAUGCCUGCCAGAAUAUCAAAUGUAUUCCACUGGUUCAUCUUUUACUACAGCUCUGGCCAUACACAGGUUCACAAAAGCACACCCACAGUCAGUCAGUGGCCUCCGGGAGUUUUUCUAACUGUUGAAUCGAUCCGGCUGCUCAUAUUCUUGGUGUCCUUCAACAACCUUGUGAAUGUCUCAUCGCUGACUGCAAAAAAAAGAAAAAAGAAAAAAGAAAAAAAAAAGGAUCCUUCAGUGGUGAAUUAGGUUUAGAAUAAAAAAGGGCUUGGGCAUUAUCAAAGCUCGGAACUAAACCAUGUGGUGUAACAGGAAGCUUAAACACAUUUUCAGUUAGACCUUAAAUUACUUUAACAAGAGGGUUGGGCAAAGAUUAUUCGGUACUUUCUCUAUGCACAUCAGAACUCCCAGCACGUCGGCAGUGAGAUAAUCAAACCAAAACAACAACAUUAUGUUAUCCAGGCAUCAAAGAUGCAUUUUCUGGGAAUACUCAGUACUUUGAUUGGGGCUAGGCUGGGUGAAAGUGAUCUAAUAGAGUUCACAUUUCAGGCUGGAUGGUUGCUUCUUCCUGUCUCUGGAUCUGUUGGUUUUGUUUACAGUCACCAAAUUUUCUGACUUGUCUAUUGACCCUGCUUUGUUUCUGUAAUCACUUUAUUUGCAAUACAGCUGCAUGUUUAGCGACCAUUAUAUCAGCGUGUAUAAUAGAGUGCAACCAUAGCUGAUCAAUCUGAAUGCUGAUGUGUUUACAGUCUCUGCCAUCAGUGUGUAUUUGUUUGUGAAUACGAUGAUUCAGGGUAUUUUUUGCUCAGUUGCUUUGCUUUACCAAGCAAGCUAUUGCUUUAAAAGACAAAACCUUUACUGUCACAGAUUUUGACACUUCGUCUUCCUUAAAUUGAUAUCAGUGGGAAUGAUGCAGGAGGGCAGGGGCGAAUGAGAUGGGGAAUUCACUACUGCAGUCCCUGUGUAUUCACUGUCAAUGUCAAUCACACAGUAUGGCUGCCAUCCUGUGGUGGGUUUGUGUAACUACUUCGCAAAAUAAAGAGAAGUCGUUUCA